UAUUUCAUAGAGCCGAUCAAUGCUAAUUGUGCUAUCUGUGAAGAACAAGCUCGUAUUUAUUGAUGAAUCUAUUAAUCGUCCUACUGGAGACCUUCUCUCUACCUGGGUGCGCAACAAUCACGUUGUCAUAGCAUGGAUCUUGAAUUCAGUCUCCAAGCCAAUUUCAGUAAGUAUAAUUUUCUCUGAAUCAGCACGAGAUAUUUGACUUAACCUCAAGGAUCGAUUUGAGAAGAAGAAUGUUCUCGCAAAACCAGGAAUCGGUGAGCAUUUAUUUCACUCAGUUGAAGGCUGUUUGGGAUGAAUAUCACAUUUAUCGUCCUCCAUGCACUUGUGGCCGCUGUACCUACGGUGGAGCGCGACAGAUUAUGGAAUUUGCUUAAUUUGAGCACCUUAUGUCCUUUCUUAUGGGACUCAAUGAUUAUUUUGCUCAAAUUAGGGCUAAAGUGCAACUCAUGGAUCUGUUUCCAUCAAUUAGUGAGGCGUUCUCUCUGAUCUCUCAAGAAGAGCAAUAGAGGUCGAUUAGAUCUUUUUCUUCUGUGCAAGCCUCUGCUUUUGGAAUGGUAGUUCAACAGCAACAGGUUCCUCGAACUCAUUCAUCAGGAACAAGAUAUAAGUCGAAUAAUCAACCCUUUUGCACUCACUGCAAUAUGUUAGGGCACACGAUCAAUCGUUGUUACAAGUUACAAAGUUUUCCUUAUGGAUACAAACCAUGAAAUACUAAAAAAUCUCACGCGAUGUCUAAUUCGACUAUUGUUGCUAGUUCUCCUUUGAACUCUGGUUCACAUUCUCAUAUGAGUUCGAAUUCGUCAAGUGUGAUCCAUUCUAAUGCCGUUGGGAACUCAGUCUUAUCUUCGAGUUCUUCUCCUAUGCUCACGGCUUCCGGCACAUCUGAUGCGAUUUCUCAAUGUCACAAUAUCCUUAAUAUGCUACAGUCACAGCCAAAUGCAGCAAAAACUGAAGCUAAUACUUCUUCAGCGUAUAUGGACAAGUCCACUUUGAGAAUGAUUGGGAAGGGUGGCCUCUUUCGUGGUCUGUACGUGUUUGAUGGAUAAAAAAUUGAAGGAGAUAUUGUUGUUCCUUUGUAUGUUGCUUGUUCUUCUACUAUUCGUAGGAUACCUAUUGCUUCAUGGCAUAAUAGACUUGGACAUCCUUCUUAUUCUCGAUUAUUUGCUUUGAAAGACACCUUAUGUUUUGAGUCCUCUAAGCAUGCUUGUUCUGAUCCGUGUAUGGU